AUGGCGGUGGCCACCGAAGCGGCCGCUGGUGGGAACGGGGAGGGAAUCCCGCUGCCUGCGGGCGUCGCCGCGACCGCCGCCAAUGGGAGUCAGCAGGGGUACCCGGCGGAGGGUGUCUUGGUGGUCGGCUCGAUGGCCCCACGCGCGGAGGGAGUCCUGGUGAUCGACUUGACGGCGGUGACAGAGGAGGAGGAGCAGAAGAAAGAUCACAGUACGGCCUACGCACGGAGGGAGUCCCAGAUCGAUUUGACAGCGCAGACAGAGGAGGAGGGCGAGGAUGAGAAGGAAGCUCAAGGUGUUGAUGGCCCACGCGCGGAGGGCGUCCCGGUGAUGAUCGACCUCACGGAGGAGAGCAGCGAUGAUGAUGAUGAUGAUGAGGAGAGGAGGAGGUCACACACCCUGAAGAAGAAGUACAGCGGAGCAGAAUCCAAUUUGACAGAACUGAAAAAAAUGGGGGCGGUAACUUUGCAUGGAGUCAAUGCAAAAACGAUGAAGCUACACACUGAUCUCAAGAUGAGGCGGUUUGACAGGGUUAUUUUCAACUUCCCCCAUGCUGGGUUCAAAGGGAAGAAGACCAACCACAUAUGA